AUGAGAAAGAAAACCAAGAGCAUAUAUCUGCUCCUCGCAUGUUUCGUGCUGCUAUGGACUUUAUGGAGGUCCCGUUUUCAGGGCCCAAGUCCGAAGCACGGAUACGAUCCAUUUGACUAUGGUUGGGUUAGGCCAAAUUUUUACAAGAAAGGCGAUGAAGUUGAGCUGGUCGUCAAUAAGGUCGAGUCUGCUCACAGACAGUUCCCGUAUUCAUACUACGAUUUGCCAUUCGUUUGUCCACCUUCUGGAAGUAAAAAACCAUUGCAUUUGUCACUAAAUGAGAUAGUACGAGGUGACCGUAAGUGGCAGAGUGACUACCAUUUGAAGUUCGGCGUAGAAGUCGAAUGCGAACGCCUCUGUGAUCGCAAGACGCAGCCGGAGGCCUUACGAGAAGCAGAUCGUCUAAUUCGUCAAGGUUACGUGGCCCAUUGGUUGGUAGACCGUGACAUGCCAGCGGCUACAACGUUUGUCAAGUCGCGCAACGGCAAGAAAUUUUAUUCGGCAGGUUUUCCGAUAGGCACAUUCGACUCCAGCACAGACAAGACUUAUCUACAUAACCACGUUAUGUUGGUAGUACGGUACCAUACCUUGGACAUCAAUAAACACACAAUUGUCGGUUUUGAAGUGUACCCAAAGUCUACUUCAGACCAUCAAUGUCCAGGUGGUUCAAAAGGCUAUAAACACUUUGAAAUCAAAACUCAGGAAGAAGAAGUAAGUUUCAUUCCUUUCACGUACUCUGUUUACUGGCGUGAAGAAUUCCAUAACGAUUGGUCGCAUCGCUGGAAUUUUUUCAUGACAGAAGACCAGCGAAACCCCUCAAAUCUGUCACAGUCAUUUCAUUGGAUGUGCCUGGCCAACAGCAUUGUUGUAGUGGCGUUUAUGUCGUUUGUUGUUGCUUUAAUUUUUGCCAAAAUUCGUGGAGACGAAACCGCAAGCUCCUUAGCUUCAUUGUGGAUUUUUCAGUCAACUCACUUCCUGUCGCUGCUUAAUUUGACAACAGCUAUGGGCGUUCAAUUCCUGUUUGCCACACUGGGCUCACUGAUAGUUUCUUGCUCAUUGAAUAAAUUCCAUGAUAUCACAAACUGGGUCGUAUCCACAGCAGUCAUUUGCUUCAUUUUAGGAGCUUUUGCAUCAUCAAUUCUGGGCUCUCUUUUAUCGCCGGGACAGCGGGUCAGUCUGGGGAUAUCAGUUUUGUGUGGUUGUGCGCUACCUGGCUUUACACUAGCGGUGGUGUUGAUUCUCAACUGCAUCGUGUGGGCUAAAGAUUCAACUAACGCCUUGCCAUUCGGAACAGUAGUACUGAUCGUAGCAGUCUAUUUUGUGAUAUGUGGGCCGCUUUCUCUACUUGGCGGGCUCUCGGCAAGGCGAAUGAAGACAACUUACAAGUUAAGCCUAGAAGACGUCUUCCCCUUCUCAUUCUUGUUAACAACAACUUACGAUGGUGGUAAUGGGGAAACUGAAUUAGCGCCAGAUCCGUUGCCAAGAGUGCUUUCCAACCCCUUCCUUUUGACCUUAGCGUCUGGUUUGCCGCCUUUUAUGGUAAUUUGUGUCGAGCUAUUGUUCGUUUAUAAGUCAUUGUGGCUAGAGAAAACCGGUUUCUACUCUCUGUACGGCUUUUUGUUGGUCAACAUCAUCUUACUGUGCAUCAUCGUUACUGAAGUCUCGCUGGUAGUGUGCUACGUAAUGAUGUUAUACAGCUCCUCAGUGUCUUCUGGUCAAAAAAAGGCACAAGAAUACGAAAGUCUUAAGCUAGAGGGCGGAUAUUAUAUCCCAAUAAAGCGCUUGGGAACUUACCUCAAAAUGCUGGCCAGAGUAUUUUCUGCUAACCUGAAUAUGGCAUUCGCCAACUGGCGGUGGAAAAGCUUUGUUGCUGGUGGUAGUAUUGCUUGGUAUCUGGAGCUGUAUUCGCUAUAUCAUUUGGUGUUUGUGCUUCAUCUACGCGAUUUUUCUUCUAUUCUGCUCUUCGUUUGUUACACCUCUCUUUUUAACUUCAUGUGCUGGUGUGCAUUCGGCGCUCUAGGAUACCUGUCAUGUUUGUGGUUCCUUAACCGCAUCUCCAGUGCCGAUAAAGCCCAAUGA